ACACAUCAAACUUUAAAGGCCGUCCAAGAAAUAUCUGACUAAAUCUUUGGUAAAUUGGACGAUGGAAGGUGUCGCGACAGUGGCUGAAGUGCAAUGGACCAUAAUCAACGACCCAACCCAAACUAAAUAGCCACGCGUCCUUCUUCUGGAAUCAGAACGACAGUUGCAGUCAAUGAUUGGCACCAGAGAUCCCAAUCUUAAUCGAUCUCCACUCAUUAAAUAUAAGAUAGUAGACGGCAGCUUUAUUUUUAAAGUGCAGAGUCCUCAAAACCUGUGCUAAUAACAAUGUUGGUUCUAUAGCACAAAUCAGUGUGGAAGCCGAUUAUGGAUACCAUUCUCAGAGAACACAGUGGAUUGCAUUUGGGUAGUCUGAAUUUCUCUCAGGUAUGUACUAGGAACCCAUGCAAAUUUAACCAACUGAAUGUUUUGAAAACCCAACUAAAUUUUUUGAAUACCCAAUUGAAUUUAUUUCCCAAAAUUAGCUCCGUAAGCUCUGCAAUUAGCAAUCUUCAGUUAGUACAAACCAGAGCAAAGAAAACAUGUAUGGUGGUUAGAGCAACCAGUACCCUUUUGGAGCUUGUCCCGGAAGCCAAAAAGGAAAGCCUCGAGAUUGAGCUACCUAAGUAUGAACCAUCUAAACAGUUGCCGAUGGAUUUGGUGGUUGUCGGUGGGGGCCCUGCAGGCCUUGCAGUUGCUCAACAAGUCUCUGAAGCAGGUAUCUCAGUAUGCUGCAUAGACCCAUGUCCAGAAAGCAUUUGGCCCAACAAUUAUGGAGUUUGGGUCGAUGAGUUUGAGGCUAUGGAUCUUCUGGAUUGCCUGGAUACAACUUGGUCAGGGGCUGUUGUCUAUGUUGAUGACAAGACCAAGAAGUUCCUUGAUAGGCCUUAUGGAAGGGUAAAUAGGAGGCAGUUGAAAUCUAAGAUGAUGAGAAAAUGUAUUGCCAAUGGUGUUCAAUUUCAUAGGGCCAAGGUUAAGCAGGUAGUCCAUGAGGGAUCAAAGUCAAUGGUCUUGUGCACUGAUGGGGUUGCCCUGCAGGCAUCUGUUGUGCUCGAUGCCACUGGAUUUUCAAGGUGUUUGGUUGAAUAUGAUAAGCCUUAUGACCCUGGAUAUCAGGUGGCCUAUGGGAUAUUGGCAGAGGUUGAUGAGCACCCCUUUGAUGUGGACAAGAUGGUGUUCAUGGAUUGGAGAGACGAUGACCUAAUCAAUGAACCAGAGCUCAAGGCUAACAAUGCCAAGAUACCCACUUUCUUGUAUGCAAUGCCUUUUUCUGCCAAUAGGAUUUUUCUGGAGGAGACCUCUCUCGUGGCCAGGCCAGGUGUUUCCAUGGAGGAAAUUCAGAAAAGAAUGGUGGCCAGAUUGAGGCAUUUAGGUAUUAAGGUGAGAAGCAUAGAAGAGGAUGAGAAAUGUUAUAUUCCUAUGGGGGGUCCAUUGCCUGUGAUCCCUCAAAGAGUUGUGGGAAUAGGAGGAACUGCAGGAAUGGUGCACCCAUCAACUGGAUACAUGGUGGCCAGAACUUUGGCUGCUGCUCCGGUCUUAGCUAGUUCAAUUGUUAAAUAUCUUAACUCCGAAAACAGACUUCAUGGAGAAGAACUCUCCACCGAGGUAUGGAAGGAUUUAUGGCCUAUGGAUAGGAGAAGACAGAGAGAAUUUUUCUGCUUUGGGAUGGAUAUUCUGCUGAAGCUGGAUCUGAAGGGCACAAGGAGGUUCUUUAAUGCAUUCUUUGACUUGGAACCCUACCAUUGGCAGGGCUUUUUGUCCUCGAGGUUGUUUCUUCCCGAUCUUAUCUUUUUUGGGCUAGCCUUGUUUGCCCAUGCCUCAAAUACAUCCAGGUUAGAGAUUAUGGCAAAGGGCACUUUACCUUUGGUGAAAAUGAUUAACAAUUUGGUGGCAGACAGGGAAUAGGAGGACUAUUUUCGCUUGACAAGUUUUCGGUCUUAUAUCCUACUCAAUGAUAAGCAUUAAUGAGGUAAGUGUAUGUACUGAAAAUCUGCUCAAUGGAAUGCAAUAUUAUGUUGACAACAACAGAUGGGCAACAGCCAGAAAGGUUUUAUAUGUUCAUCCAGUUUAUGAUUUUGAAGAAUUUGCUUGUGUUAUGGCAACUGAGCUUUCCCUAUGCAUUAAAAAAUUUUGCAGGUUGAAAAUAGAUAUCCCAGGAGUUCCCAAGUUUUUUCUUGUUUUGAAUCAUAGGUGUGAACUUAAUGUGUUUAUUGGUAAGAAUAUUUGCAAAUUCAAACUCACUGCUAUACUCCUUGCAUGUCAUAAAUGACAUUGAUAUGUACUUCAAUAGGAUAAGAAAAGAAACAAUUGCAAAGUAGGGAGAGGACCCAGUACCUGAGUGUCUUCCAAUGGUUGUGAUAGUAGUUGUUGAUUUAAUACUCGUACUUGUUGAUUUAAUAUUCAAUUUUUUUGACAACA